AUGUCGACAGCAUCUGCUCAGUCCCGAGGAGUCAACCGAAGGAUCAAUAGCAUUCAAAAUGAUGGUCGCCAUUCGCGUAACUCCUCGGUCUCACGCCGCCGCCCGCUUAGCGCCAACGUCGCAUGCAAUCAUGCACUCCGUGUAGCCUACCUGACCUACCUCCUCCACCCUCGCUCUCGUCGCAUUCAGAAUUCCCAGGCCGCGCCGGCGCGGCCAAAACGGUCCUCAACCUCCAUCCAUGAUUUAAUGAGCGACUUUUCCCUGGUCAGGGACUCCAAGAGCACCAGGAUACCUCGAGGCUUCGUGGACGAGCUCGAAAAGCGGUUGACAGGAGUGUUGAUGGGCAAAGAGAAGCGGAAAGAGUACCAGGAUCAUUUAGUGGUGCGCACCUUCGCGGCCUUCCUCAAUGUGCUCAAGGAGGAUUCAUUCCAUAAGCGCAUGGAGAAGGAUCGACGCGCUGAAGACCUCGUCCUCAUUUUCUACUCGAACGCCAUCAAAGAGCUAGGCAAGGGCAAAGAUCAUGAGGACGAUAGCUGGAAGCUGAUGGUCGACCGCCAUGUAGCGCUUUUUGUGCGUCUUCUGGCCUUGAUCUUGAAGAAUCAUGAUUGGGCCAAGGACCGUCCAGAGUUAGCAAACCGAUUAUCUGUUUUGGAGAAUAAACUGCUGUCGCAGGAUCAGGACCUAAUGGCUUCAAACGGUGCUGCAUCCGCGACUGAACCCGUGGCCCCACUCAGCUAUGAGGUCAAGGAUAUGCCAUUGGUACAGCAUGUCGCUAAGAUAUUUGGGAUGACAACCUCUCAGGCUCAGGCAGAAAUUGAUAAGCACAAAUCCGUGUGGACUGAGAAGGCUGCACUGCAAGAUCUCAAAACAUACCAGGCCCAUCUCAAUCUACAAACGCACAAAACUCUGUCACGGGAUGAUUUUGAGUCCGACGAAGCCUAUGAGGCUUGGAAGAAGGGUGAAGGCCCUGACCUCUCUCAGAUGAUGCUUGCUAUUGUGCAGUCGAAUCCAGAGCUUGCUAAGAGCACACCCGGGAGUUUGCCUCAAUUCAACGCAUCUGGAGAGGAGCCUAUUGACAUCAGUGGACUGUCAUUGGGUAACGGCGAUGACUCGGAGGAAUCAGACACAUACACAUUUAUUCCAUCUGAUCCCCGGGCUGUGUAUAGGUUUAUUUUGUCUCAGACAUUGAGUCACGACCUGCGGGAUCGCGAUAUUGAAGCCUCUCAGGCUACGGCUGACACCCCCUCGAUGAAGCUUCUUUCCAAACAAUCCAUGGAAAUGCUCAAUGAGAUAUGUGUCCGCUGGCGGAUUCCCCAUUUCUCUCGCGUCGUCUUGUUCCUGGACGUCAUUGCAUCUAAGUUUGUAGACAACGAGAUUGACCUCAGUACCUUGGACUCGGGGUUCACUUUUGCGAAAGAGCCCCCGCCCCCGACAGAGGCGCGGAGCAAGCGCAGCAGUUAUGCUGCCCCGUCUCUCUUUGAUCGAAAGAAAUGGACUGUACACGAUUUGCUCCUGAUGCAGCAACUGCUGUCCAAGCUUCAUGAGGCGAUGCUACGAGAACUUUAUGACGUGAUGAUGGACUGUUUUGAAGCCAAGCCACGCCCGCUGGGACCAGUGAUGUACAUUCUAGAAAACCACAUUCAGAUGGACGAGAACUAUACAGAGGAUCCGGAGGAUAUUGACCGAUUCUCUUCGUACGUACAAGACGGGCUCGCUCAAAAGGCAACUGAGAAAUAUCAGAGUCUUCUGGCACAACUGAUUCCAUUGGAACAAGAGUCGUGGCAUGCCGACAACGUCAUUCAGCUCGCCGAUGCGAUUUCGAAACUCGCUUUGAAAAUCCAGAAGCGGUACAGAAACAACCCAGAGAUCAUGGGUGUUAACCCUCAUCUCACUCUCUGUUCCAAUGUACUCCCCCUGUUCGCCGAAGAUGCACAUGAGAUGGUUAUCCGAAUCCUCGAGCAGGCCAAAUCUCGAGGUGAGGAAAUUGAUAUUGAAGACGGAUUCGACCUAUACAAGUCGCUUGCUAAGAUCAGAAAACUGUUUCUGAACACCAUACCUGACACUCCUUUUCCUUUCCACGUGGAGAGUCUAUUGGAGGAAUUCGUGUGGCGGUGGCUACGCCUGACAGAUCAAAGCGUCUUGGAAUGGGUGAAUCAAGCGACCAAACAGGAUAACUUUUCGGUGCGCGCAAAUGCAACCACUGAGGAUGUGCCCGAAGAUUCUCGCCACAGUGUCUCGGUCAUCGACAUAUUCCGUUCCUUCAAUCAAAUAGUGGAGAACCUCGUGAAUCUUGAAUGGGAUGACGACCUCCAAUACGCGAAAUUUAUGACAGCCCUGUCAAAAUCCAUCGGAAAGGGUGUCGCCCAGUACUGUGACUUCUUGGAGCAGAUGUUUGCUAAGGAAAUGGACCGCCUCACGCCGGAACAAGAGGCAGCUCUGAACCAGACGACUCAGGAGAAGCUAAUGCAAUUUGCCAAAGACACGUGGACUAGCAAGGAUAAAAUCGAACCAUUCCAGUUCUCUUCUGAGUCCCUGGUGAAAUUGAACAACAUCGAAUAUGCCCUUUCGCAGCUGGACAGACUUGAACGCGAGAUCAACGUCGAUGCCUGUGCUGAGGUCAUUGCGAAGCAUGCUCCUCCGCAAUUGAAAAAGGUUCGCAAAGCCACCACAUACGUCUUCACAACCAAGAUUGUGGAAGCAGAGGACUUGAAGGCGUGUGACAUGAACGGUGGUAGUGAUCCGUACGUGGUCCUAACAGAUGAGUACCAAAAACGAAUUGCUAAGACACGUAUCAUCUAUAACAACCUCAAUCCGCGCUGGGAGGACACUGUGGAUAUCACGACCCAAGGUCCUUUGAACAUCAUUGCUACAAUUUGGGAUUGGGAUGCUGUUGGUGAUCAUGACUAUGUCGGCCGAACGUCUAUCAAGCUUGACCCAGUCCACUUUAGCGACUUCCUACCUCGCGAGUAUUGGUUGGAUUUGGAUACCCAAGGUCGGCUUUUGCUGCGUGUGAGCAUGGAGGGUGAACGUGACGAUAUCCAAUUUUACUUCGGUAAAGCCUUCCGUACUCUCAAGCGAACCGAGAGAGACAUGACUCGACGAAUCACGGAGAAGCUAUCUGCGUAUAUCAGCUACUGUCUUUCGCGUCGAACACUCAAAUCCUUGCUCUCGCGAGGCAUUAGUAUGUCCACUGUAUCGAACUUUCUCAACCGAAAUCGAGGACAGCAAGUUGCCCAGGGACCGUCACCGGCCGAUGUUGAGAAUGCGCUUGACCCACUUUUCAAUUAUUUCAAUGACAACUUUGCCAUUAUGAACAAGACACUGACGGGCGAAGCCAUGCGGAUGGUCAUGGCCCGUCUGUGGAAGGAAGUUUUGGCUACGAUUGAAAGCCUCCUGGUCCCUCCCCUCUCGGACAAGCCUUCUCACCAAAAACCGCUCACAAUUCAAGAAGUCGACAUUGUCUCACGAUGGCUUGUUCUAUUGCUGAAUUUCUUCCACGCAGUGGAUGAAGAGACAGGCGAAGCUGGCGGGGUUCCUCUGGACAUUCUCAAGUCUCCGAAGUACCAUGAGAUCCAAAGCCUCAACUUCUUCUACUUCGAGCCUACAGAGAACCUGAUUCGCACAUCCGAGCGCAUGGCUUCAGCGACCGUCAACAGGCAGCAAGCCAAUCGCAACCGCGCCUCGGCCCCUGCCCAUCUUGGCGCCACUGGGCCCGGUCACGGUAGUCUCGGUGUCCCUGGCGCUCGCCGUGCCAAGAGUAUCAUGCUCUCACGCAACCUAGGCACAAUGAAGAAGGCCAAGGAAGAAAAGCGCCGUGAGGCACAGGCCGACCCUAACGAUGACAUGAUUCUUCGUAUCCUGCGUAUGCGCCCGGAAGCCGCAGGCUACCUUCGCGAUCGUAGUCGCCAGAAGGAGAGACUGGCAGCCGCCGCCGCCGCCGAUGCUAUCGUUAAACAAAGUCUGAUGGCAGGCGCAGGGACUCGAAUGAGUGGAACGAUCGGCCGGCACUAA